AUGCUCGCGGAUCAACUCGCGAACGUUGGUGCCAAAGUCUCUGACCCUCGUAUGGUUAUUACUCUUGUUCGUGGGCUUCCUAAAGCCUAUGAUAAUGUUUCCACUCUGCUUCAACAAGCCGACCCCCCCGUCUCCUUCCAAAAAGCUCGCUCGAUGCUCACUCUAGAAGAAUCCCGCCAAGCCACUCAAGCCUCGAACGAAGCACAAGCCUCCGGCGCCACUCUUAUUGCUUCGGGAAACUCCUCCCAAAAUCAUGACCAUCAUUCUCACCAUGAAAAUCGAAAUCCUCAAAAACAGGGCACCACCCGCGGCGGUGGUCGCGGUGGCCACGGGAAGGGCCGUACUGGCAGCGACGGGCGCGACGGCAAAGGCCGUGGUGGUCGCGGGUCCGGUCAGCAACACCACCAGCAACAAUUCUCUCCCUCCCCGCCGUGGAACAAUGCUCAAGCAAAUUGGCAGUAUGCUCCAUGGGCUGCUUGGGCUCCUCCACCGUGGGUCGUCCCUCCUUGCCCCUAUCCAACCAAUUCAUGGGCUAGACCUCCAACUGGGCAGCGGGCUAAUCAGAAUGGGAUUCUUGGGCCAAGACCUCAACACACUCAACACGCUUUCACUGCCAAUGCUCCUCCUUCCGUGGGUUAUGCUCCAACCGAUGUGGAAUCCGCACUUCACACUCUUUCUUUGCAUCAACCCGACGAUAAUUGGUACAUGGAUACCGGAGCGACUUCUCACAUGACCUCCAAUCAAGGUACUCUCUCGUCUUAUUUUAAUUUGAGCAAUCAUCAUAAUAUUAUCGUUGGUAAUGGUAGUGGCAUUCCAAUUCAUGGUCAUGGUCAAGCCUCCCUCCCUCCAUUCACUCUAAAUAAUGUCUUGCAUGCUCCUAACCUAAUUAAAAAUCUGAUUUUUGUCCGAAAAUUAACUAGUGAUAAUUUUGUGUCAAUUGAAUUUGAUCCGUUUGGUUUUUCUGUGAAGGACCUUCGGACGGGGACCACCCGUAUGAGAUGUGAUAGCUCGGGGGAGCUAUAUCCUUUCACCUCCACCGCCUCUCUUGCCUCAAAUCCUACCGCCCUCGCUGCCUUCCCCUCCACCUUAUGGCACGCCCGCCUAGGCCAUCCCGGGACAUCAAUUUUGAGUUCUCUUAAGAAGAAAAAUUUUAUUGAAUGUAAUAGGGUUGUGAAUUCUACUGUUUGUUCUUCUUGUGUUUUGGGAAAGCAUGUAAAACUUCCGUUUUAUUCGUCCACUACUAGUACUUCUUUGCCUUUUGACAUUUUGCAUAGUGAGAUUUGGACAUUUCCUAAACUAAGUAGUGCAUGA